ACCUGCGCACGAAGCGAGAAGGGUUGUUUCCUGCUUAUAAAGUGGAAGAAAGAUUCGAAACUUAUAAAGAUAUACUCAGAUAGUGUUCUUGUAUGAGUAAUGGCAGAAGUAAUCAAUGUUUUGGAGCUUUUCUCGGGUGUUGGUGGAUACCAUUGUGCCUUGAAUGAAUUAUCUAAAGACAGCGUAAAAUACAGCUUUAAUGUAAAAGCAGCAGUUGAUAUAAAUGAAGCAGCUAACACAGUUUACAAACAUAACUUCCAGAAUACGCCUUUAAUAACAAAAGCAAUUGAAACUGUGUCGGAAAAGUUUUUGAGAGAUUUGAAUACCGAUUUGGUUGUCAUGAGUCCGCCUUGUCAGCCUUUUACAAGACAGGGUCACAAGAAAGAUGUUGAUGAUCAAAGAUGCAAUGGAUUACAGUCAGUGAUCAGUUACUUAGAACGAGGAAUUUUGAAACCAAAUUGGAUUUUGCUAGAAAAUGUGAAAGGGUUUGACGAAAGUGAGGCAUUUGAAAAUUAUGUGAAGUGUCUGGACUUUUGCGGUUACCAACAUCGCGUCGAGUUCCUGAGUCCAAUCGAUUUUGGAAUCCCCAACGCUCGAUUGAGGUGUUACGUUUUGGCGUCAAAAAGUUCAAAACGCAUCCAACCGCUCAGCUCAAAAAUGAAGUUUCAAACUUUAAAUGAUUGUUCUCUGGGCUCUUAUCUCUUGCCAACAGAAAGUGUUCCUGAAGAGUAUUAUUUGAAGAAUGAAACUGCUCUCAAGUAUUUACCAGUGAUGGACGUUGUCGCUAAAGACUCAACGCAUUGCAUGUGUUUCACAAAAAGCUACGGAAGAUAUUAUGAAGGAACGGGAAGUUUGGUUUUGGAGUCGAAUUCGGAAAUUUCACAAACAAGUUUAACAUCAACAGAGCUGAAAAAAUAUGUGACAAGCUGUAAUGCGAAGUUGAGACGUUUUACAGAAAGCGAAGUUCUGCAAUUGCAUUGUUAUCCGAGCUGGUUCGAGUUUCCAGAUUCAAUUACGAUGAAGCAGAGGUAUAAGUUAUUGGGAAAUGGUCUUAACGUGCUGGUUGUGAAAGAGCUCCUUCUUCACCUAUUCGGAAGCUGACUUUGAGGCAACUCGGUUUUGUUGAAAAGAUUGUUAUUUGCUCAUUAGAAGUGGUCAGAGAAUAGUUGAUCGAAAAAGAAUAAAACCUGAAACUUAAAUCAAACUGAUUCACUUUUGCGCUUGGUUCUAUGUUAGAGUCUAAACAAUAAAUUGCUUAAUGUUUGUUUUC